AUGUUUGACAGUUCACAGUACCCCUAUAACUGCUUCAAUGACGACGCAGACGACUACCCUGCCGGCAGCUCGGACGAGGAAAAGCGACUCACAAGGCCGGCGUACAGCUACAUCGCGCUCAUCGCCAUGGCCAUCCAGCAGAGCCCCGCGGGCCGCGUGACCCUGUCCGGCAUCUACGACUUCAUCAUGCGCAAGUUCCCCUACUACCGCUCCAACCAGCGCGCCUGGCAGAACUCCAUCCGCCACAACCUGUCGCUCAACAGCUGCUUCGUCAAGGUGCCACGGACCGAGGGCCACGACAAGGGCAAAGGCAACUACUGGACGUUCGCGGGCGGCUGCGAGUCCCUCCUGGACCUUUUUGAGAACGGCAACUUCCGUCGGCGACGCAGGCGACGCGGCCCCAAGCGCGAGGGGCCCCCGGGGAACCCUGAGCCAGCAGUGCGUGGGUCUCCGGGCCCUGACAGCGCUCCAGGCCCAGAUCGAGAGGCCCGGGCCAGCCCUGCCGCACACAGAGACAUCAAAUUCAGUAUUGACUAUAUCCUGUCUUCCCCGGACCCCUUCCCGGCUCUCAGGUCGCCCUGUCACUCGCAGGAAGCCAGGUAUCCAGCGCUAGAGCCCCAGCAAAUGAGCUUCCACUUUUGGGCAGCAUGAGGUGCCCCAUUGG